GCACAUGACUUGUGGUACUCCACGGUGCGACAACAGAAACAUUUGUAGCUCUGGCCCGGCUUUCCUUUCACAAACCAGUACUUGUGGUUGUGUUAUAGUCUGUAGGAUGCAGCCGCGCUGGGUCUUCGUGGCUCUGUGCUUCGGGGCCGGUGUGAUGGCCGGAAAAUACUCCCGAGAAGUCAACCAGCACAAGCUGAGCGGCAGCGACGGGCACAAGGUGGAGUUCAGGAUUGCGAAAUUGAACCAGGUGUGGGAGAAGGCGACGAGGAUGCAGUUGUCCCCAGUGCGGCAGGCUGAGCUGCACAGUGACCUGAAGAUCCAGGAGAAAGAUGAGCUGCAGUGGAAGAAAUUGAAAAUGGAGGGGCUGGAUGAAAAUGGGGAGAAGGAGGCCCAGCUCCGACGUAACUUCAAUGUGAUCCUGGCCAAAUAUGGAAUGGAUGGGAAAAGAGACACUCGACCACUGGAGAGCAACCACCUGAAGGACCACGACACCAGAGAGGGAGACAUAUUUGACGAUCCCAGGCUGGACAAACUGUGGAACAAGGCCAAGAUCUCAGGGAAGUUCUCCAACGAGGAGUUACUGAGUCUGAAGAGGGAGUUUCAACAUCACAAGGACAAGACCCAUGAGUACAACAUCCUCAUGGAUACUGUCAGCAGGACCGAGGAAAUACACAAGAAUGUGAUAUCUCCCUUGGAGGGUGACGCAAAAGAGCAUGUGCUGCACCAGAAACACACUGACCUGAAGCAGAAAAUGAGAGACCUCAACCAGGGCUUCGAACGCCUCCGUAAACUCAGCCAUGAGGGUUUCACUGAAGACAGCGAGUUUCGGGAGCCCCGUGUGAUUGAACUGUGGGAGUCUGCCAAGAGAGCGAACCUCAGCGAAGAUGAGUUGGACUCUCUUAAGGAGGAGCUGCAUCACUUUGAGACCAAGGUGGAGAAGCACAGCCAUUACCAGGAGCAGCUGGAGCUUUCCCACCAGAAGUUGCGACAUGUUGAGUCUUUAGGAGACAAAGAGCACAUCAAGAGGAACCAGGAAAAAUACGACACACUAGCUGAGAAAACCAGGGAGAUGGGUUACAAGAUGAAGAAACAUAUGCAGGACUUGUCGAACAAGAUCUCCCGUGACGGCCUUGAGCAUAAUGAGCUUUGAGGGAUCAUGACUGACCUGAAGUUAUUCCCACCACAGUGCUCCCCUUGAACUAACAGAAAGAAAUCAGUUUUUCUACUUUUCCAGUGUUAUUUGACAUACAUUUUUUUUGACUUGUGGGUUGUUUGUACAACUAAUGGCAGGUAGUUGUAGAAGAAACGUCUAUGUGGCCAUAAUCCCAAGACAGCAACAUUUUGUGGGGGUGGCUGGUGAGCAGCAGCUGAUUCACUCUUGAUCAAUGAUGGAGUUUAGUUGCUGAGGGAUAAUUCAGGUCCUGGGGAAGAGCCAACCAACUGCACAUUGCUGACCAAUUUGUACACAACCGUCUGCCAUACAAAUGUUUCACCAGAUAGGCUGUUGCCACUGUAGUAACUCACAUCUCAGUCUGCUGAAAUAUUGACUAAUUUAAAAAGAAUAAUUCAAUAGAGAUUAAUUUGGAAGCACUGAAACACAAAAAGAUAACAGCAAUCUUUAAUGUGAAAUACAGUUGCCAACAGCAUACAAACAGUAAUAUUUUAAAAAAUAUAGUUUAGCAUCACUCUCAUUGUCUUUGCAAAGAUAAAAACAUUCACUAUUUACAGAUCAUAUAGAGGAAAGCAGUCCCUGUAGUGUCAUUAACAGGCUAAGCCUUUCAAACUCCUUCUGUUGCAUCUCCUCAGACUCUCCACCACCAUAACACUAGUUCCAAGUGUUGGACAAUUUGUCCUGAUAGUCAUGUCCAGCCUGGGCCAAUGUAAUUUCCACAAAGUAUAACUUGUAUGCUGCUAAGAUGUGAGCAACAAGUGGUGCCACACUCAAACAGUCUGAAGUAAAUUCCAGGUUGGCAAGUACAGCUGUUGUUCAUAGCUAUAUAAUCAGUGGUUAACAUUAGUAUUUAGUGAUUCUUAAAACUUUUAGUUGGAUAAAAUGUUUUUGGCAAUUUCUAUACACUGUCAUAACUGUGGGUGUGUUUUAAGUACAAUGAUUGCUAUGAUCAACUGCAAUUAAGCACUUCAGCUUAUUUACGGAGAUGGACAGAAUCAGCAAUGAAAACUAUUUUCAAGUGUCAGUUGGGCGUUGCAGUCAGUUUGGUGGCCCUCACCGCCUGCUCUCCAGCUGAGUCAGUCUGUCCUCUCGGCCCUGAACAUGCUCCCUCCCCACUCUCUGAGCUGUUUCCAUGGCAGUGAUGUCGAGGUGGGCGUACUUGACGGAGCCUUCUUCUGGUCGGGAAAUCAGCGGUAAAUGGGGAGAGAACAGAAGACAUUUCCGUUAUGUGAUCUGUAACCUAAAAUUUGUCGCAUGCAUUGCACAACUUCAUUGAUUGUGAUGGAAUAAACUUCAAACCAGUUUAGAAUUUUAAUAUGUUUAAACUGUUGUAAAUAGAUCAAUUUUCAUAGUCUAAAAAUGUCAUUGAUAUGUCUUUUUUUCACGAAUAAAUUGUUUC